GUCAAAGCAAGACUGUUUAUAUCAGUUACCUGACAUUUACAGUGUUAGAUUGUCUUCCUGACAAUAUCAGCAUUCUUGGAUUUUUAACAGCUGAACUUUGAAGUGGAUGAAGAGAAAAUGAGUGCAGUGACUGAGUCGCUCUGCUGCAUUCUGCUGCUUUUUUUCUGCAUGUUUUCCCACCAGGAAACCAUCACAGCUGAUUCUAAGCAGAAUGUCAAUCUCACAUGUCAGGUACCAAAUAAAACGGACCCCAUCAUUGUUGUAGAGUGGAGCAGAGCUGACCUGGUACCAGAAUAUGUUUUUGUGUAUCGGAAUGAGAAGCUUGAUCUGGAAAACCAGCAUCCAUCCUUUAAGAACCGUGUGGAUCUGCGAGACAGACAGAUGAAGGACAGAGACGUGUCUUUGAUUCUAAAGAAUGUGACGAUUAAUGACACUGGAAUAUACGAGUGUCAUGUCUUCAUGAGUGCAACAAAAGUUCGUCUGAAGACCAAACCCAUCUGCAACAUCACCCUGAGAGUUGUUCCUCCAGGUCAGCCAGGAGGAGACACAGAGGAUGGAGGGAAGGAGGAUGGAUCUGUUGGACUGAAAGUUGGCCUGCCACUUUUAGGUGUGCUACUUAUUGCUGCUGCUGUUGUUGUUUUUUGAUAAAGAACAAGGUCAAGAUUUAUACCAAUCUGGGCACGCAGUAGAGAAUGAGCUGUAGACUUCAAUCAUGUAAAAUGUGUUUCAUCUCUGUCAAACCUUUUUGUAUUAUUGUGUUUAUCAGUGGCUCUGUGAGCUUCAGUGUGUUCGUGUGUAUUUUGUUUCAAGGUGCUGCUUAGUCUUUAACAAUGCUCUGUAGUCAAAAUGUUUAAAAUGAGUCGAAGGUUUUCUUUUUUAAAUAUGUUCAGAAAGUGUGUGGGAAAGUAAUUAUUGGAUAUUAAGUAGCGGAAUUUCAAGAGCAGGACCACGUCUCCAACACGCUCCUUCCGGUUCUCAUCUAGAUAGGUUCCCCCAGUUCUGCAAGCUGUUGAUUCUCAUUUACGUGCCUCACCCUCCCUUCCUCCCUUUUUCAAUUCUGUAACUUCUUCACUUCUAUUAGGUACAUGGGGAUCAGGGGCCAUGGAACCCCUGAUAACCAUAACCAGGCCCAGGAACCGACGCCAAUCCCUUUCAAGGCCUUCCCCAAACCACAGGUCAAUUCAUGUCCAAGAAUUAACCUUUACCUACUUAUGGCUGGCGGUGUUCCAGUUUGACCACUUGGUGGCAGCUUUGUGUCUCUCUUAUAAUGCUGCUGUAUGGUAGGCUUCAAAAGCCGAAUGUUUUUGAGCUUUAAAUCAGCCGAGAUCCUUUGAAUCUACCAUUGUCUGUGCUUUGCUCCAUUUUCCAUGAAUAUUUCUUGAAUUUCCCCUCACCCCAACCAGUCGCAGCAGAUGAUUGCGCCUCUCUGGUUUUGUUGGAGGUUUCAUUCCUUAUGAAGGAAGGUUUUCCCUACCCACUGUCACCCAACGCUUGGUCACAGUGUGUCAUCUGUUUUUUGGGGUCUUCUCUGUACUAUUGUAGGGUCUUUAUCCUUAAAUACAAAAUCCCCUGGAGGUGAUUGCUGUUGUGAUUUGGUCCUCUAUAAAUAAAAUUGAAUUUAACUGACCAGACUGUAAACUGUUUCUUUUCUCGU